UGAUAGCGUUAUUUGACUUUGUUAGCUUAAACAGUAGUUGAAAUAAAUAACCCAGUGUUGAUUCUGUUACAUAAAUAACUUAAUGUUGAUUCUUGGUAUUAGAGCACUUUUCAAUGACUUUCAAGAAGGGUUAUUCGUCUUGUUUGGCUUUUCAUAGAUCAUCUUCAAAAUCGGUUAAAAAACCUCUCAUAGUAAACUAGGGGAAACCAAUCUUUAUUUGUCUUCUCAUGUGCUUGCCACUGAUUACAUUGUGGUCGAGCUUGGCACAAGUUUCAUGUUGUUCCGAGCACACUUUUAUCGGUUAAAAUCGUGCACACAGAUUAGAUUGUGUUGCCGCGCUGUGGAAGGCAAAGGAACACACGAACUCUGGUCUUAGCUAUUCAACAGUCAUCAUGAAAAAUGCUCUAAACCGUAUUGCAUAGUUUAAGAGAUCCAUUUUCCCUCGUGAAUUUACUUUUUUUUCGUUUCUUGUCCUGCACUGUAGCAUUACCUUCAUGAAAUUAACGUUCUCGAGCAGAGCAUCCAAAAGUACGAAUCCCACUUGUCUUGUGAAGGACCGCUGGAUGGAGUCAGAGCCUCGAGUUACACUAAACAUAUGCUUGUACGUAUAACAGAAGAAGUGAACGCCAUUCACGAGCUUCGUUUAUUGAUCAGUUCAGAACUGGAAAGGAUGAGGUAUUUACUCUCGGAGCGACGGAAAAUGCUGCUUGCGGGAGCUACAAGGAGUCCUGUUUGUUCUGGCGUAACUCAAAAGAUGGCGGAUCUUCUUCGAGAACAAUCGUCGUUGAAUAUUGGGCUAUCGAACAUUAGUGAUGAAUUAGCGAUUCGCAAGAAGGCGUCUUGCAGGGCCAGAAUAUACGCUCACAUUGAUAGCGCUAAGAAAGAGUUGAAAGAAGAAAGAGAAAAAUGCAUGAGAGAGUUUCGUGAAGAGAUCAAGGAAACUCUUGCUCGUGAACUAAGUGAAAAGUUUUCAAGUGAAAUCAGUUUGCUUCGUCACGAAGUUCGGGCCAAGGAUGCAGUAAUUGAACAAUUAAUGAAGAAUCAGGAACAAAAAGAUCUGGAGGACUAAACACUUAGAGCGGAAAAAAGGGCAAGCAGCGAGAAAAGAAAAAAGAAGGCAAGGAAAAAAAUAAGUUGAACGACUUUUGCUAGCCGUUCUCUUAUAGUGCAAAUUUUUGUUUUGCUUCGUUCGCAGCUGAGCUCUGAACUCGAAUUCCUUCGCAACACACACAUAAACAGAAACAUUUAAACCUACUGUCUAUAUCAAUGUUCAAAUUCUCAUUACAGGACUCCAUACAUAUCAUAAUAUCCCAGUUGGGAGAAUGUAAUAAUUCUCCUUUUUAUAGUUAGUUUUUGUAUCCUUAUAAUGUGUGUACCAUAAGUUUGUGCUGUGUCACAAAUGAAUUCGCCUUCAAAUUACGGUUGACCUGUACUUCUUUAAAACCUCAAUUUUGCUUGGCUCUUGGUUAUCUGCACGUAGCUCGUUUGUUCUUAGGACUAGGGGCAUUGUUUGUGUUUUUUUGUGUGGGUUGUUUACCUACUGUUUCGUUUGGCUAAUUAUAAAGAAUCUUGUAAACAGUGCAGGUCAACACUCAGAUUACCUUACAUAAAAUGCUACUGAGCACUUGCGUCCAACGCCACAAGGUUGUAACAUCGAAUGAUGUAGGUGUUUAGAAAAAAAAUUUCAUAUGCGCUGCUUAGUAACUUAGUGCGGAGCACUAACGUGAGAAUCUGGGCCUGUGACAUGAUGUCUACGUUUUUUUGCCACACGAAACUUUCUUCAGACUGAAGAAAUGGUCCAAAUAAUAAUUUGGCCGUGUUGAAAAACACCAGAUGGAUGAGAUUCUCUGAUAGAGAAGACCAGAUCUCUAAGUUUGGGGAAAACUUAGGCGGAUUCUUAAACCGCAAAAUUCAUAAAGGCUCUACAGUUUUUGUAUCGUUGAAUGUUUAGAUGUUAUCUUGAACUGUAGUUAAAUUGUUUUCUAGGCUCUGUGCAUUCUCGUCCCCAAAAGAAACGGAGGCUCUGGGGACGAGAAUGGGCUCUAUGAAUCAAAGCUGGUCAUGCGCUGUGUGGUGCAGAUCUUUUGCCAGCCAGUCCUCCGCGUUGAACGCGUUAUGCGACCGCGCGCUUUUCACCGAGGUGUAAAAAAUGAAAGCAAAAUAUUUUGUAGUAGAAAUUUACUUGUGGCUGGCCACAGUAACCAUGGAUGAUAAUAUCCAUAUCAUUUAUUAAAAGUUAUAAAUUUAUUACCUAGUAUAGACUUCAGCAUAGCUUAUAAUAUAUUAGAGAAAAAUUUACGUGCAAUAAAUUAUUAUAAGUAAUAUAUAUUUAUUUUGUGAAAAGUAAUCUGAAUAAUAUCAAACGCAAUAAAUUCCACGUAGUAUACAAUUAAA